AGAAGUUACAUCCUAAGAUAAGAAAUGUCCUUUUAUUAAAAGAAAAUUAUCUUUACACCCUUUUAAGCUCAAUCUUUUUUUUUUUAUUUAUUUUGUAUAAAUCUAUUUACCAUCAUGCCAAGCCUCUUUUUUAUGUUACAUGAGUUAUCAACACAAGCAUACAUACUCAUUAGUAAUAUCUCCUUCGUUUAAAGAGUCUUAACCAAAGACACCAUUUCGGAAGUCUUGGCUUUUACCGUUGUCCUAAUUAACUACAUGUGUUUAAUAUUAAGAUACAAUUGUAUAAAAGGGUUUUCUUCUGCCCUAGUCAAGUAAUUUUGCUUGGGUCAAUUUGACUAAACCAACCAACCUAAGUUGGAUCAAUUUGCCCGAUCAACUCGGUCGGGUCAGUUUUGACCGUCCAACCUAUAUUAGGUCAAAUAUGAUCGACCAUGGGUCAAGUCAAUUUGCUCGAUCGGCUCGGGUUGGGUUAAUUUAGCCUGCCAACUCGUGUUAGGUCCAUAUAGCCCAAUGCGGCCCAUUUAUCACUUGUAUUAAAAGAUACAAUAUAAAUGUAUAUAAUAUUUUAUUGGGCUGGUGACAUUUAAAGUGUGUUCGUUUAUGCCCAAUCUAGAAAAAAAUUCAAGUGCUCCAUUCAACCUAAGGUGUCUUAUUCAAUUUAUGCAAUAAAAAAGUAUCGAAAACACUUGAUGCAAUCAAAAAUAUUCAAUUUAUGCAUAAUACCUUUUAUUGGUUUAAAAAGAUAAUCGAAGUAUAUAUUACUUCUCCCAAUAUAUUCUUUAUGCAUGAUGUAUCUAUCAAAAAUAAAAAUAUAUACCAAGUAAUUAAUACAUCGUCUCCUUUCAAUGCAUCUACUUAUGAUAAGAAAAUAAUUAAAGCAUUUGAUGCAUCCCAAAACGUCUCCUUUAUAUAUACUAUAUCUAUUAAAAAAAACAACUAAUAUAUAAUUUAAUUAUUUUUAAAUAUAAAAAAUGAUAAUAAUUAAGAUCUUGAAACGUAUCGAAGGUCCUCACCUCAAAACACAAUGAAAAGAGAUAAAUGAUAUGAUUAUGAGAUAAAAGAAUAUGAUAUAUAGAUAUUUUUCGCCUUCAAAUAAAUUUCUUCUUCAAAUAUUCAACGAUCUUCUAUUUUGGAUAGGACUAAAUUCAGAUUAAAUGGUUAGAUAUAAUACAAGAUAUUUUGAGUUGGUAAAUAAAACCUACAUAAGAGUACUAAGUCUUUCAGGUUAAUUUUCACCCGUUGGAAUUAUUUUAUUCUUAAUAGGAAAACCGAACCGAGGUUGAGCCCACCCAAACCCAAACCCCAAUCGUUGAUUCGGAUUCGGGUCAGUUUAGGCUCCGAGUUCGGAUUCAGGGCUUCGUGGACAAACAAGCCGCGCCCGUUAAGCCAGGGCGGAAACCCUAUAAAACCGAAGCGGAAACGUAGCGACGAAGGAAAAGAAGACAGCGUAAGGGAGCAAUGGACGCGCAAGACGGCACUCAGCAACAGCAUAUCGCCCUCGCCCACAAGCUCUUCCUCCUCACCCACCCCGACGUCGACGACAUCGAGAAGGUCCGCCUCCGUGAUGAGGUCCUCGAUGCCGUCAAGACCCGUGACAUGGCCUCCCUCUACGAGUCCCUCGCUGCCGCCUCGGUGCUGGAGAUGGACACUGCGGUUCUUGAUCGCAUGAGAAAGAGGAUCGAGGACGAGCUUAAGACGCUCGAUGACAAGAUUGCCGAUGCUGAAGAAAACCUAGGAGAAAGUGAAGUACGUGAAGCUCAUUUAGCAAAGUCCUUGUUCUUCAUUCGGAUUGGUGACAAGGAAAAGGCAUUGGAGCAGCUCAAAACAACUGAGGAAAAAACUGUUGCUGCUGGUCAAAAGAUGGACCUGGUCUUCUAUACCUUACAACUUGGCUUCUUUUACAUGGAUUUUGAUCUCAUUUCUAAAUCAAUUGACAAGGCUAAGAACUUAUUUGAAGGUGGUGGUGAUUGGGAGAGAAAGAAUAGGUUGAAAGUAUACGAAGGCUUAUAUUGCAUGUCUACCAGGAACUUUAAGAAAGCAGCCAGUUUGUUUUUGGACUCAAUAUCGACCUUCACAACUGAUGAGAUAUUCUCUUAUGAUACCUUCAUUUUCUAUACCGUCCUUACAAGCAUUAUAUCGUUGGACAGAGUCUCACUUAAACAAAAGGUUGUGGAUGCACCUGAAAUCCUUACAGUGAUUGGCAAGAUACCACAUCUAUCUGAAUUUCUUAACUCCCUCUAUGGCUGCCACUUCAAGUCAUUUUUCUCUGCAUUUUCUGGACUGACUGAGCAGAUAAAGUUGGAUCGAUAUCUACAACCUCAUUUCCGGUUCUACAUGAGGGAAGUUUGCACAGUAGUUUAUUCCCAGUUCCUUGAAUCCUACAAGAGUGUGACUAUGGAAGCAAUGGCGGCAGCUUUUGGAGUAUCUAUUGGUUUCAUUGAUCAGGAAUUAUCUCGCUUCAUAGCAACUGGGAAGCUUCAUUGCAAGAUCGACAAGGUUGCUGGUAUCUUGGAGACCAACCGACCUGAUGCCAAAAAUGCACUUUAUCAGGCAACUAUCAAGCAAGGGGACUUCCUAUUGAACCGAAUCCAGAAGCUUUCUCGUGUGAUAGACUUGUAACUGGAUACCCAUUUUGGCUUUCGACAACUUUCUGUAGCUGCAGCACUCUCAUUUAUCAGAUUGUAACUCUUUAUGAUCCUAUUCUCAAGGAACUAUUAUCUUGUGUCAUUAAACUAGUUACAAUGGAACAGUGUUGACCUUGUGAUUUAUUUAUUUAAAGGUUG